AUGGCCCAAGCUUUGGAACAUCAGCCAAAUGUUGGUGAGAAUUUUGCUUCUCACAAAUUGGGUACUUUUCAGAGGGAAAAUCCACCUGUAUUCAAGGGAACUCAUGAUCCUGAUGGCGCUUUGACAUGGCUAAAGAAGAUUAAGAGAAUCUUCCGUGUGAUAGAUUGCAUUCCUGAUCAGAAGGUUCGGAGGUUGGAAGCUAGUGGUAAGGAGAUCUCUUGGAUUGUGUUCCGCAAGGAAUUUAUAAGGAAGUACUUUCCUGAAGAUGUCCGUGGCAAGAAGGAAAUUAAAUUUCUUGAGCUAAGGCAAGGGAACAAGUCUGUAGUGGAGUAUGCUGCUAAGUUUUGUGAGUUGGCUAACUUUUACCAACACUAUGAUGAGACAUUGGUGAAUUUUCCAAGUGCAUCAAGUUUGAGAAUGGAAUGUGUCUAG